CCUCGCGAUGCCGGCAGGCAUGGCGCUGUCUCUGAUGGCUGAUGGUUUUCGGUGCAUUCAUUGGACACUUGAGGUGCCUCUCAACAAGAGGUUCGUGAGCGCACAGGACAUAUUGUAGAAGAUGCUGAUUGCUUAGCUAGCACUGAAGGAAGAACAAGAUUGGCAACACAGUGUAGAUUUGUACGAAAUGAAUUGCGUUCGGAUUGUCUGAACUGCGUGUUCGCGCGCUUUUGUGUCUCUGUACUGAUUGACUUCAUGGAUACAGCGUCAACAGCCGGCCAAGAGUGGAAAGUUGGCAUAACCUCACGUAGCGCAGUCAUUGCGCAAGUGUGAUUCUUUUUGAGAAGGAAAACUACAGAAGCAACCGGCUUUGUGAUUAACUUUAACAUAGUAUGAAACUCAGCUGUGAUUCUGAGCUCGUAUUGAUUACUGAGCUUGCCUAUUUGCGGAUUGUCUACAAAGAUAAGCCUUCAGGUAGCUUAACCCAUAACGUACAGUGAGUAAUCCAUCUGAACAAGUGCGCGUCUACGUUAUUUGGGCUCUGAAAAACUUUCACGUGCAUGUGGUGAAUCGGAAUCGUACCGUCAACAAUUGCAUUUCUGUGGUUUCACACCUGACGUGAUUCACAUAUAUCAACAGGCGAUGUGUUCACCCGGCCAUUAUUACCCAAGCCCAGCUUGGUCUCCUCCGUCAAGUGAAGCCGAUUACGUCACCGGAGGUUUGGGGCUCGUGAAAAACGAGCCUCUAUCCCCACAAGGAGCCCUAGUUGGCGCAGGGAUGAAUAGCCCUCGUGCAGGACACACUGCGCCUAGCGUCACGCCUCCACCUACAACUACACUCUAUCAUGCUCACAUGCCAUCGACUGAGCUCAACGGCAACAACAUUACUGGAUACGCACCGCUUACCCCACCCUAUAACAGUAAUAACAACAACAGCAGACAAUCUCCUUCUCAAUCAGCGUAUUGGAUGUCAGCGGGUUCCACCACACCACCGCCAUAUGAAUCAGAGUACUACAGCAGCGGUACCUGUUCCCCAAGGCACACCGACGUCCACGAAACGAAGUACGCUGACGUGCUUCUCCACCAAGUGCAGCAUUCAUCACCAUCACCGAACGUUAAUAAACAAAUCACAGCAACUCAUCCUGCGACGUCGAACAGCGCCCCUAACAACAGCAGCAGCAGCAGCAGCAGCAGCAGCAGCAUAAACAGUAAUGGGAACUCCGCAGGCACCGCAGGUUGCCUCGAGGGACUCAACGACGAUGGCGCUCUCGAGCAGCUGCGUGCGAUUUGCCUUCAACAGGCAGCCAGCGACGUUCAAGUGGCCUGUCAUAUGCUCAACAUUUCCCCGAAUCCAAACUCAUGGAACAUCCACGACGUGCAGCGAUGGAUCCUAUGGCUGGUCAAAGAAGAAAAACUUGAAUACGCAGCCGAGCACAUGCAUGUGUUUUCCAAGGUAAAUGGAGCUAGGCUGGUGACACUCUGCGACAACUACCAAAAGAUGUCUCUCCAACAGGGCCCUCAGGUGGUUUCCGCGCAACGGCUCAUGGUCGAAACCGUAUGCGCGCAUCUCGACAUCUGGAAGUCUGCCGCCCAGACCAUCGGUUGCGCCACGAGCGCAAAUACGACGGACGCGAAUAGCAGUAACAACAGCGAUCGAACCGGCGAUAACAGCGCUUGUCAUCAUGGGCAACAGCUGCAAAUAACGUCGACUAUCAGCAAUAAUAGCUUCAGUUCGCUGCAUACACAGGACUGUAAUCAGCAGCUGGACGACAUUGACCUCCUGCCCUAUCAGCUGUCGCAGGUGCCCGAUUACGUCGCACUGCACCAGCACCAGCAGCAGCAUCAUCACUCGUCGUACUCUGCUCAACAUGUUACUACCCCAGGCCAAAUGUCAGGGACCCAAACGCUAAAAUACCCUCUAGCCGCAUAUGGAGGCGCAACUGGACUUGAGAUACAACUGAAUGCAGCGUCUACAUGUAGCUCAUCUAUGUACCCUGGUCACUCGAGUCCGCCGCUGUACGGCGAUCUUAACGAGGAGGGGUAUAGUGAUGAUGAAGAAUGCUCAUCAGGUGGAUCAUUGGGCCCCUCGGGAGCAGGUCAGCACAUUCAUCUAUGGCAAUUCCUCAAGGAGCUUCUUUCUGAUCCUCAUCAGCAUCACAACUGUAUUCGUUGGUUAGAUCGAGCUAAAGGUAUCUUUAAGAUCGAAGACUCUGUUCGCGUUGCGAAACUAUGGGGCCGCCGAAAGAACCGGCCGGCUAUGAACUACGAUAAGUUAUCCCGUUCAAUUCGGCAGUACUACCGCAAGGGAAUCAUGAAGAAAACUGAACGAUCCCAGCGGCUGGUCUACCAGUUUUGUCCUGCAUACGCCAACUAGUUUUCCCUCCAGUAAGGAGAGAUCG